GUGGCGGCGGCGCGGCCGGGAGCGAGGGCAGGGGUGAGGCGGGCGAAGGACGGCAGCGCGUAGCGAGACCCACGAAGCGAGACCCAGAGAGAGACUGUCACGGGCAGGCGGUCCCCCCGCGCCCCCCCGUCCUUCGCCGCCCGGCGGGUCCCGCCCGCCCCCGCCCUCCGGGCCGCGCGUCCUCCGGCCCCGCCACCCCCGGAGCGGAGGAUGAUGAAGCUCAAGUCCAACCAGACGCGCACCUACGACGGGGACGGCUACAAGAAGCGGGCGGCCUGCCUGUGCUUCCGCAGCGAGAGUGAGGAGGAGGUGCUGCUGGUGAGCAGUAGUCGCCAUCCGGACCGAUGGAUUGUCCCCGGGGGUGGCAUGGAGCCCGAGGAGGAGCCCAGCGUGGCCGCCGUGCGCGAGGUCUGUGAAGAGGCUGGAGUGAAAGGGACGUUAGGAAGAUUAGUGGGAAUUUUUGAGAACCGGGACAGGAAGCACAGGACAUAUGUUUACGUACUCAUCGUCACCGAAGUGUUGGAGGACUGGGAGGACUCUGUCAAUAUUGGAAGGAAAAGGGAAUGGUUUAAGAUAGAGGAUGCCAUAAAAGUUCUGCAGUAUCAUAAACCCGUGCAGGCCUCGUAUUUUGAGACCUUGAGGCAAGGCUGUCUGGCCAACAACGGCACCCCGGUCAUGACCACGCCGUACUCCGAGAGCUCCGUGUCCGACAUCAGAUGACUGACGACGUCCCCGCCAGAGCAGUUCCCAAAAGCAGACUGAGACCUGGAUUUCCCUCCCCUUCCCGUUUCCAUGCCUCCUCCCUCACGCCAGGCAUGGGCAGCAGCCUGGGGCAGAGCAAGUGUUCAGAGUGCUGCGAUUUAGUGCAAGGUGGGAUGAGUUGUUGUUUUUGUUUUGGUUGGCUUUUUUUUUUGCUUUUUUUUUUUUUUUUUUUUUUUUUUUUUAAAUCUGUAUUUUGUAAAAUACAUUUGUGCAUGAAGUGCCCCUUUCCUGGUACUCCGCUCCACGACCUGGAGGCUGCCAGCCCCGCCUCUGCCUUGUGCUCUGAAGUGUCCCAAGUGUCCCCUUCGUGUCACCCCAGCCAGAGUCACUCUUUUUUUUUUUAAUUAAAAGACCUCCAAUGUGAGAUCAGCUCUUUAAGUCUUAGUCUGUACUGUAAGAUGCUGCUCAGACCCGUGUGGGGAUCACUUGCAGCACAUCUGUAUAAACUUUUUUUUUUUUUUUUAGAUGGAGGAUCUAACAUUUUAAUUUUGCGGGAUUUUUUUUUUUUUUUUUUUUUUUUUUAAAUCCUGGUCUGCUUCUGAAAAGAAGGGUUCACAAUUAAUCUGUUUGCCUUUUGCUCUGUUUUUUAAAAACACACAUUCUGUGACAGUGCUAGUGGCUGGGCCAGUUUACUCCCCAUCCAGUAUCUCCCGAUUUAGUGCAGUGACACUUGAAGUUGAGGGCAGAGUUCAGAUCGCCUGCAGACAUCCCUGCAGACAUCCCCGCAGACGUCCCCGCAGACAUCCCCGCUGCUUCUCCGACAGCUUCAGCCCGCGUUUCUGCGUCUCCAUCCCAGCGGAACCGCGCGGAGCCGCUCUGGAACCGCCGGCCAAAGCCAAAACAGCCUCGGCGGCAGCGCCCGCGCGACGCCAGCUGCGGUGAGAAUCGGGGAUGCCGGGGAGGGUCAGGACGGACAAACCGCAGCGUGGCUCCCCGACGCCGUCCCCGGCUCCCGCCGCGCCCCGCUCGCGUCUCUCUCGUCCACAUGCCUUACGCCGCGCUGAGCCGGACGCUCGGGGUUUGUGCUGAAGCCGGGAUCGUCGCCACGCGCGCGGCCCCGGAGAGAAAUCCUUUUGUGGGGCGGGGAAAAGUUCAGGUGUUGAGUCUCUUGUCCUGUGGUUCUGCAGCACUUAGGGUCGCACCGUGGAGCGUGCUCGAGGUGUGCCCUCCGCGAAAGGUACAGCUGCCUCCUGCGGGCAGCAUUCCCGGCGGGAGCAGCACAGGAGAGCUCCCCGAUGCGUUGGCACACUUCACACGGGGGUUUGUUGUUUUAUUAUUGCUGUAAGUUUCAUGCUGUCUUGAUUUGCCAACAGUGUUGUCUAGUUGGGAAAUAAAAUG